GUGACGUCAGGAAGCAACAUGGCGGACUGGAACAGAGGUCAUGGCUCUGUCGACAGCAUGCUGGAUGCUGAAAACAAACGACUGACUGAUAACUUGGCCAGCAAAGUCUCCCGACUGAAAUCGCUGGCUUAUGACAUCGACAGAGAGGUGGACGAUCAGAAUGACUACUUAGACAACAUGGACUCAAACUUCAUGAGUGCAACGGGCCUGUUGAGCGGCAGUGUAAAGCGGUUUUCCACGAUGGUCCGAUCUGGCAAAGACAAUCGACGUCUCCUCUGCUACGUCUCCGGAGGGCUGGUUCUGGCCUUCUUUCUUCUCUAUUACCUGGUUUCCAGGAUCCAGACCUGAUUUCAGGAGAACAUCGUCAACCUGUGUUGAUGUGAAACUCAGACUGACAAACCUUAGCUGAUAGGCUUGAGUAGCCUCUAAGGUCCUCAUGCUAAGAAAACACCUUUUUGAUAAAAAGAAAUCGGAUGUAUAUAUGUGUAUGUUUAGCUGAACUGAUGUACAGCAGCUGGUAUUUGCUGUCUCAUUUGGGGAAACUAUAGUGAGUGUUGUUAUGCUAAAGAGCAGGGAACAUGUCAACAUGCCGAUGCUUCCAGGAGGUGAGUGAUUCCAAAGUGGAGCAGAAGGAAAGUUUCAUUCAAACACAUCAAGGAGGAACAACUAACUGUUACCUCCAGCCCUGCUAGGUCAUGCUUUCAGUCCAGGUUCUAUAUGAUGUUUACGCCUUGUGAUUGUUUGAGAAGCUUCUAAACAGAAUGGUUGACCCAAUGCCAUCAUGCUUCUGGUUUACCUCAGAUUUAAGUAAGCAGACUGAAUUUACAAAGUGCUAGUCAUGGAGCCAAAACAGCCAGUAGGAUGGGUGUAACAAUAAGGUUGGGUUACCGAACAUGUGAUCACAGCUACAGCACACUAGGAUGGGAUGCAACCAGAGCAGUAAAACCUUUAUGAUCAUACGGUCAGGUGUCUGUUAGUUUGCUGAUUCACUUUUUUUUUAAUCCCAAGUUAUAGAAAUAAUAAUCAGGGAUGUUUUUGGUCUUUAUAUUGCUUUGAAAAAAUGAACAGAUGAAUUGAUUGAAUAACUUCCUGGCAAUAUGAAAACUUGAUUCCUUUCCUAACAAAUUUAUCUUCAGUAAACACCAUUUAAUGCUGGUCACAAAAAUUCCUGUUUUCUCGUGAAAAGGUCAUUUCUUUUUUGGGGAAAAAAAAAGGUUUGUGAGCUCAUAAAGUAAUAGCGGCUUAAAAAACAGUAUUUUGUUUGAUUUGAUUUAUGUAUUUCAAACUGGUUUUUAAAAACAAGGAAAAAAGCAAUGCAUUCUGUUCAGUUUAAUCCUUUUAUGAGUGUGUCAGGCUGAUUAGUACUUGUUAGUGGAGUCACAAGAGAACUAGGCUGGUGUGUUUAAGAGCCAUUGAUAAACUAAAUAGCUCUACAAAUUAAUUUAUCAUUCCUAUCAGAAAAAAUACUCACAAGAUACUACAGAUACAGUCUAAUAGGAAACUCUUGAUGUGUAAUGCUUAAUUUAAUAUGGAUGAAAUUCAAACGGAUUUUUCUCAAUAUGUCUAAUGCACUGUGUAACAUACUGUCUGCUUUCAAUUCCUUCCUGCUAUCAGAUUACCUAAAUGAAUUACUCUACCAGUAAAUAAAUGUUUCUC